CAAUAAAUGUCAGCGGGCGGUAAAAAUAACUGGGGAAGUUGUCAGUAGUUGGAUCUGGCAGAAAAUUUAACAGUAUCCAAAGUAGUGCAGGUUUAAUGUGAAGAAAUAUUCCAAAAUUAGUUGGUUUCUUUCAAACGAAGAUACUUUAAGCGAAAAAUCCUUGAACUCUGAACAUCCAAAUGGACGAAUUGGACGAGCCAAACAAAUGUUCCUAUUGCACUGCAAUUAUCGACUCCGAUGACUUCCUGAACUGUAAAGAAUGCAAAACAAAUGUUCACAUAAAGUGUCUGCGGCGCCCUGGGACUCCGGGAGAUCUUAUGGGGGAUGUUUUCUUCAUGUUCACGUGCUCCAAUUGUGCCGCCGACAAGAAGGAAGUUUUUCUGAGGCAACGGCUGCCGUGGCUUAUGGUCAUCACUUUAACUAUUUACAAUUUGUCGAUCCAGUCGAAGGGAUUGAGCCAUCAAGGGUACUUCCACUGGCGGACGCAUAUUGCCAGCUUCAUCGAUAAGAAUUGGAAUUUUUUGUUUGAUCCAGGGAUGAAACGUAAAAAGAAAUGGACUGGAACUAUAUCUGGGACGCUUUCCCAUAACAGUCCUGCAUUUUUCACUUCAGGCCAGGAGUAUUUCAAAGAUUCUGGAUGGUGGAAAUUGACGUACAAUCAAACUCCUAAAUUCUAUUGGAAGCUUUAUGAACAAUUGUCACUCAAAAAACAACAGCUACGUAAUGAUCGACGAAAUACGGAAGACACUAGUCACACAGCAGAGGUAGUAAACAUUCUUGCGGACGAUAGUAAACGAACCCGAAGGGAUGAUGACGAAGAGCCAUGCAGUCGAAUGUUACCUUAUAUGGGACGAGAGCCGAAAAAAAUAAGAAAUCGCAAUGAACCGUCAACUUCCUCUGCGACAAGCACUGACAGCAAAACCAUGAAUUCCGUCCAAUCACAUCUAAUGGACUUUUUGGCUGCUAGUUUGUCAAACGAUGAACUGCUCACUGAUCUCCCACAAAUUGCUUCAAAGGAUUUACUGCCACUUAUGAGUCCCACUGAACCGGACCCCCAUAACUUCUCGGAUAUAUGGAAUCCACGCCUAGAUUAUGCCGAUAGUUUGAAUUUGCCUCGCGAGAAAGAAGCCGAUAAUAAUCAGAUUCAAAAUAUUGGAGAUUUGGGGGAGAGCGUUGACUCCGAUGAAUUUAAACCGCGCAUCAUACAAGUAACGAAUUUUCAAGAAUAUAAAGAGGAUCAGGGCAAGGAUGAGAGCUUGAUUCUUCAAAAUAUCAAAAUGGAACCUCACAGUGAACAGGAAAGCGAUGAAGAGCAAUACAAUCUGACUUGCGAGAAAAGCUUGUUUACCAUCAAACCGAAACGCGAGUAUCCAUGGAAAGACGAGAAGGAGGAGGAUUCCCCACCGACUGCAAGUAGCAACGAUCAGGCUGAGGAGAAAAAUGUACACCUGAUGAGCGAAUAUGAAGAAAGAGAGCUUUUCAACAAACUCCAGGGCAUUUUGAGUGUGGAAAAGGAUUAUAAAAUUGUCGUUCCAACGAAAAUACGACGGAUUUAUCGAAAGCUUUAUCUACGGAAUAUAAAAAGGAAUAAUUAUAAAAAGAUUUUCAAUCUUGAUGAACUCUGCAAUGGUCCAAUUCAAUCGGCCAACAAGACCAAGUCUCAGUUGUUGGAUCGCUAUUAUCAGAUAAUUGCCGGUUCGACAAACAAAGACAUAUCUUUCCAUUCUCGGAUGAUUGGGACAACUCAAGAUGAAGUUUUUGAAUCGCCUUUCACAUCGAGACUGUUGCAUCCUUUCAUUUAUAGGAAUACUAAAUGUUUCCCGCCAUGGAUAAAGUUAAUGUGUGAAUUGCAAUACGAAGUGAAUGGAAAAGUACCAUCUCGAUCUUCGGUUGAUUUUUGUUAUGUUCGACCCUAUCAUAUCGCUGCGGUUAAUGGAUUGCUACAACAAAUGUUCUGGCCAGGAAUUGAUAUGUCAGAAUGUCUAACCUACCCUGACUUCAGCGUUGUUGCUUUAUAUAAAAAACUAGUCGUUGGAUGUGCGUUCCUGGUCCCCGAUGUAGGAUACAAUGAAGCAUAUAUUUCGUUCAUGGCUGUACGGCCUGGCUGGCAGCGGUGCGGGAUUGCUAGUUUUAUGUUGUACCACUUAACACAGACUUGCAUGGGGAAAGACAUCACCUUGCACGUUUCAGCUUCAAAUCCUGCUAUUUGUUUAUACCAGAAAUUUGGUUUUAAAAUUGAGGAAGUGAUAUUAGAUUUUUAUGAUAAGUACCUACCCGCAGAUUCUACACAUAGUCGUCAUGCGUUCUUAUUGAGAAUGACGAGAUAGUCAGGAAUUAUGGUACUUGAGUAAGAAAUUGUAAGAUAAGAUGGAUAUAGAUGGAUAUGUUAAGUUUUUAUUAAAGAUUUUUCUAGCUUGAACA